AUGCUGUAUAUUUUUGGACUGGAAUAUCUAACUAUUUAUUUACCCCAGACUGCUUCCCGUCAGGCUGCAGACAAUGAAAUCUUCACUGCAUUUCGUCGUGUCCGCGUUGGUCUGGAUCGAGCUCGUCUUGUCAUUGAUAUGGUCCUCAAGCGCGAGCGACGAAAAUUAGCCCUUGUCAAACGGCUUCGCAAAAUAGCCGAUAUCCAGUUAAGUCUGAUUAGAGAGGGUAAAAACAGCACAAACAUCAUCGACGCUGACUGGAACUUUUUUUCCACGGCUCACAUUGGAGCAUCCGUCUAUGACAAUGCUGACUUAUGGACUCGACUAUCAUUACGCCUUACAUCCUUAGGGGCUCCAUUUCUUCCAGAAAAGACUGACACCAUGCUAACAGAUCCACAAAUAUCCGCUGCUAUAUUGAUGGAGGAGCGGAUAAAAUUAGAAUCUGCUUCAUCUCAGCCACAAGAAGUGUCCGAAUCUUCCGCUCUGGGGGACCACCACAAUGCUCCACCAUGCAUCAACACAUGGGAGCCUGUUGUGGAGCCAUUGAUUGGAGCACCUGAGAUCAUACAACUUAUCCCUCCUCAUCAGUUGGUUCUAUCUCUCGAAGUCCGAAGAAGACUUCGAUCAGCCUUGGUUGGGUCACCAUUUCGCAUUACUUGUCAAAUUGACGAUUCUGAUGACAGAGAUAGACCAAAAGACGAUUCUUCCUUUAAUGGAACAUCGAAAGUUCACAAGGCCCCAUCAUCUCGUCUUAACUCUUCUAGGUCAAGACGAUCUUUUAUACAAAACCUG